GCUGCAGCCGAUAAAAACAUGGCCAGACUGCCCCAAAGACGGCGAUUAUGUAAAAAUUGAGCAUCUUUCUUUCUCUUAAACCCUCAAAAAAACCAGCAAAAACCCCAUCAUCUAAGACUGCACCAAAUCUAUGGAGACCCAAUCAGAUGGCGACGACACUUCAACCAUUAAAAGACUUCGAACUCAAUUAGAAUCACGCAUUGAAACCCAACACAAUACCCAUCUCAAUCUCUUAUCGUCUCUCCAAUCUUUAAUCCCUGACAUUGUCUCCUCUCUGGACGUUUCUCUUCAAAUUGUAUCUUCUUUUAAUCACAAACCCUUUACCCCAACACCACCUCUCCCUACCCCGGAGAAAAAAUCCAUUGAAAUCACGAACCCAGUAAAGAACCCAACGAGUCCUCAAUUGGGUGUCCACUCAAAUCCUCAAAGCUCCCAUCUUGACGCCAAGAAACUCAAACAGACCCAAUUGGGUAAUGGUAAAAAUGAUGAUGAUGACAGUAAUAAUAAUAUUAAUAAGUUUAGCAUUGAUGAAAAUGAGAGUCCUUUGUCUGUUGUGAGGGUUAUGGUGGCUGAGUGUUUGUUGCAAAGGGUGCCUUUUGAUCCCAUUGAUUCUUCUACGGUUUUGAGGAAGCUGGAGAAUGAUCAGAACGCCACUGCCGCGGAGAAGGCGGCUUUGAGAGAGGUGGGCGGUGAGUCUGGUGCUAUUCUUGCUGUUGAGAUGGCUUUGAGGUCAAUGGCUGAAGAGAAUCGUGGGAUUGAAUUGGGGGAGUUUGUGGUCAGUGGUAAGUCUAGAGUUAUGGUUUUGACUAUUGAUAGACAUAGGUUAGUUAAAGAAUUGCCUGAAAGUGCUCAGCAUCAACAGCACUUAGACUCUGAGAUGAAUCAGAAUCAGAAUCAAAAUCAGAAUCAGGGUAAUAGUGGUAAUGAUGUGAAUAACAAUGGAGGUUUUGGAAUGGGAGGGCAAGUGAUGCAGAGACCAAUGUUUAUGGAUAUGUGGAUGGGUGGGGAUAUGUGGAAUGGGCCACCGAGAGGAGGGAUGCUAGGUCCUAGAGGGAUGAUGAUGGGACCGAGAGCCAUGAUGCAGAGACCGCCAUUUCCGCUGCAGCAGCAGCAGCAGCAAAAGCCAAGAAGCGAGGAGGAUGAUUUGAAGGAUUUGGAAGCUCUGCUUAAUAAGAAGUCGUUUAAGGAGAUGCAGAAGUCCAAGACUGGUGAGGAGCUCCUGGACCUUAUACAUCGCCCUACUGCAAAAGAAACUGCUGUGGCUGCUAAGUUCAAAACCAAAGGUGGCUCUCAACUGAAGGAGUACUGUUCAGCUCUCACAAAAGAGGAUUGCAGGCGUCAAUCUGGUUCCUUUAUAGCAUGUGAGAAGGUCCAUUUUCGGAGGAUUAUUGCUCCUCAUACUGAUAUCAGUCAAGGAGACUGUUCUUUUCUGGACACCUGUCGUCACAUGAAAACAUGCAAGUAUGUUCAUUAUGAGCUUGAUCCUACCCCUGAUGUAUCACAAUUGAUGAGUGGUAUCACAGCUCUUCCUCUCUUAAAAGCUUUAAAGCCCAUACGAGCAGAGUAUUGCUCAGAAGUAGAACUUGGUGAACCACAAUGGAUUAAUUGCGAUAUUCGCAAUUUCAAAAUGGAGAUCUUAGGGUCAUUUGGAGUUAUAAUGGCUGAUCCACCAUGGGAUAUUCAUAUGGAACUGCCUUAUGGGACAAUGGCUGAUGAUGAAAUGCGAAACCUUAAUGUUCCAGUGUUACAGACUGAUGGUUUGAUUUUCCUUUGGGUUACUGGACGUGCAAUGGAGCUUGGACGUGAAUGUUUAGAACUUUGGGGGUACAAGCGCGUUGAGGAGAUCAUUUGGGUUAAAACUAAUCAACUUCAGCGAAUUAUUAGAACUGGCCGAACAGGUCAUUGGCUCAAUCAUAGCAAGGAGCAUUGUCUUGUUGGAAUAAAGGGAGACCCAUUAGUGAACAGGAAUAUUGAUACUGACGUCAUUGUUGCUGAGGUUCGAGAGACGAGUCGUAAGCCAGACGAGAUGUACCCUUUGCUGGAGAGGAUAAGUCCAAGGACAAGAAAGCUUGAAUUAUUUGCUCGUAUGCAUAAUACUCAUGCUGGGUGGAUGUCACUCGGUAAUCAAUUGGAAGGAGUGCGACUGGUUGAUGAUGGUCUUCGAGGCAGAUUCAAAGCCGCUUACCCAGAUGUUAUGGUGCAACCGGUCUCUCCUCCACGGCCUUCUGCAAUGGAAGUAGAAUCUGCCUCUCAAAUGAGAAGUCCUUUUGCAGCGACAGAAGCAAAGUCAGCAGCAGCAGAGACAGCAUAUGCUUCUGAAGAGAAGCCAAUGGCUAUAGAUACUGAAAUGACUGGCUGAAUACCCGACCAUGGGUUAUUUGGUUCUCUGAUAAUCAAGCAGCAUUCUGUUUGUCAAAAAUAGUUAGUUUGGUUAUCAAAUGUUGUACCUAUCGCUAUUUAUGAUGUAACCGUUAAAUCCGCUUUCUAGGACAAGGAUAUCGUUCACAUUAGCCAAAGGUACCUAAAAGCUUAGAGAAGGAACAUGUGCAUUAUAACACUUAAACUUAGAUGGAAAAAAAGAAUAUAUAACCUAGUUAUUUUGUCCA